AUGCUGCCAUGCAAUGUUGUCCUCCUCUCUGUCCAAGAUAUAAAGCAGGGCUGUUCGCGCCUUUUCUCCGAACAUCUUGGCUGGCUGUGUCGACCCUGGCGUCUGGCCCAGGUCAGUUGGUCUGAGGCUUUUCGUCUACUUUCCGAUGCCGAGUCUGAUAUUCGCCUCGAUGCUGCCAGCCUCCUUCUUAGACUUGCCGUCACUUCUGGACCUGGAUUACCUGCAGCUCUUCAUCUGGCUGCAUCUGCUAACGCAAUUAGCUCUGAAGCUCCCGACGGUGGGGACUAUUUCUUUCGCUCUGCACUAAACCGAUUAGCUGGGCAGGUUGCCGGACUCUUGCCAACUGGUUCGAUGACUUCAGGUGAAUUAUUUCCUCAUUAUUGCUCAUUUCUUUUCAGAAAUUAA